UUUACUUCUUAAGGAUAUUUGGGACAUUGUUUGUGCUUUUGUCUAGGCUUCCUCUUGGGCCUUCAUGCAUUGUAGGCAAUACUGAGCCAUGCCCCAGCCUUCAAUUACCUGUGGUUCUCCUUCCUUACCUUCCCAAGAACUUGAAUGACUGGAUUGUGCCACCAGACCCAGCUCCGGUGGCACAGAAAAGCUCUCAACACAGGCAAUAAUGUUUCAUGUUGGCUGCAUCUAUAUAGAGCCAGGAUCCUGUCUCCGGUCCAGGAGCCCCAUGCAGGCUCCUCCCUCAUUAAACACGGGGAUAGCACCCUGAGAGCCUUUCCAGUUUCUGCACUCCCCUUCCGUGUCUCCCCUCAGGACCCACCCGAGGACAUGAAGCAAGACCGAGAUAUCCAGGCAGUGGCCACCUCUCUGUUGCCCCUGACAGAAGCCAAUCUUCGAAUGUUCCAAAGAGCCCAAGACGACCUCAUCCCUGCCGUGGACCGACAGUUUGCCUGCUCCUCCUGUGACCACGUGUGGUGGCGCCGGGUGCCACAGAGGAAGGAGGUGUCAAGGUGUCGCAAGUGUCGGAAACGUUAUGACCCAGUGCCAGCCGAUAAGAUGUGGGGCCUGGCCGAGUUCCACUGCCCAAAGUGUCGACACAACUUCCGGGGCUGGGCACAGAUGGGGUCCCCAUCACCCUGCUACGGGUGCGGCUUCCCUGUGUAUCCCACUCGGAUCCUGCCCCCACGCUGGGACCGCGACCUGGAUCGGCGCAGCACACACACCCACUCCUGCUCAGCCGCAGAUUGCUACAAUCGGAGAGAGCCCCAUGUGCCUGGGACUUCCUGUGCCCACCCCAAAAGCCGUAAGCAGAACCACCUCCCCAGAGUGCUGCACCCCAGCAACCCCCACAUCAGCAGCGGCUCCACGGUGGCCACGUGCCUGAGCCAAGGUGGCCUCCUGGACGACCUGGACCAUCUCAUCCUGGAAGACCUGAAGGAGGAGGAGGAGGACGAGGAGGAUGUUGGGCCCCGAGAGUGACCCUGACCGGACGCACACAGGAACGACAGACACGGUGUGUGGACACCUUGUGUUGCUAUAAGAUACUGUCUCAAGGAGAUAGAAAUACCCUUGGGGGUACUAAAGGGACAGUCACAACCGCACAAGCCGGGUCAGCAUAA